AUGGGCGCCGUCGACCCGUACGAUCUGGUCAGCCGCCUGCUGAAUGCCACCACACCCGAUAAGGGCAUCACAAAGACGAUCAAGGAAGAUGAGCUCCUCUCGCUCUGCGACCAGGCAAAGCAAGUCUUCCAAGGCCAAGCGUCGUGCCUGGAGCUGAACGCCCCGGUCCGGAUUUGUGGCGACAUCCACGGGCAGUACAGCGACUUGCUUCGACUUUUUUACAAAGGCGGCUUCCCCCCGUCGGCCAACUACUUGUUCCUUGGCGACUACGUGGAUCGGGGCAAGCAGAACCUUGAAGUCAUCACGCUCAUGUUUUCCCUAAAGGUACUGUUUCCGAAGAAUUUCCACCUGCUUCGCGGCAACCACGAGCUGGCCAACAUCAACCGCGUCUACGGCUUCUUCGAGGAGUGCAACCGGCGCUACUCGUCGACAAAGCUUUAUGAAGCUUUUCAGGACACGUUUAACUACAUGCCCUUCACGGCGGUGAAAAACAGCCGCGGUGCCGCGUACGGGUUCGGCGGAGAUGCUGUUCAGGCCAAGUGCACGAAGCUCGGCGUCGAUCUGAUUGCCCGCGCUCACCAGGUUGUGCAGGAUGGAUACGAAUUCUUUGGCAACAGAAGGCUCGUCACCAUCUUCUCGGCGCCACACUACUGUGGCCAGUUUGACAACGCGGCCGCGAUGAUGGUCGUCGAUGAGUCGUUAAAGUGCUCCUUCGAAAUCUUGCGCCCCACCAUCGGCAAGGCCGGUAUCAAGAUGAUCCCCACGUCGCAA